AUGCACCCGACCUCGACGGCCUCGUUCUUUCCCACGGCCAAAGAGCUCUCAAGUGGUGUCCAAUGGUUUAAAGACCAUCCAGUGCUGGCUGCUGCUGCCGCAACCGCCGUGUCCGUCAUCACGUACCUUAACACGCUCGAGCUGGCUGAAAAAAACAACGACGUUCAGCUCGUCGACGACGACGUUGCAGCUGCUGCUGCUGUUGGUAUUUCUAAUCGACACAGAAAAAGGACGUUGAAUCGACGGAAAGGAUUCUCUGGAGUAGCCAGUGAUUGCAAACUAUCGGCUGCUGUGAGCUGGUGCGACGAACACGGUGGAAGCUUAACGCAAGUGUUUGAGAACGAUUUAUCUGUGCCUCAUAACCGAGAGAAACGCUUGGAUGACACUGAUAGUGACGACGAAGCACGUGACGACGUACCGGAGAGCAUUUACGACACUUUUCAGCAACAUAGAGCGACACUUGCCGGUGGAUUGACUAAAAGCGUAACGACACAGCAGUUGGACGCAGUGACGGCGGCCGCUAUGGGGAACGAUUCAGACGUAGACGCAGUGCAGACAGAUAGCCCCCAAUGGGGAUGGUAUGUCCCUAUUACACCGCCUCAAGAUCAGUUUUACGUCGUAGGACACGACUAG